AUCAAAAUCAAAAUCCCUAAACCUAGACGACGCGAAGCAGCGACCAGGCGAAGAGAACUGCGUUGCCGGCGACCUGCGGCCAGGCGGUGAGGCGGUGAGGCGGACCAGCGACCGGCGACCUCCAAUCUGUGCGUGGCAGUUUGGCGUUCUGCCCUUCUCCCAGUUCAGAAGUCUCCCGGUCUCUCUGCGAAGACGAAGCGGAAGAUCGGCGACCUGCGCGAUGCGCCGCUGCCAGUUCUCCGGUAUCUCUCCGACUCUCCCUACUGCCAGUGUGCGAAUUGAAAGAGGGAGAUUUGAUGUACUUGCUCGCGGAUCUUAACUACAUACAACACCAUGAUCGCAUUAGAACAUAAAGGUAAUUCAAGUGCUUAAUCUCCCUAAAAUAAUUACUUAAUUUACUCUGUAAAACCACCCGUCAUCAAAUCCGAAUCACCUUUCUUCUCCGAAAUCCUAGAGACACUGUCUCACUGCUGCUUCAACCCCUCCGGCUCCGGAAUCCUCCCGCUGAUGAACGGAUGUCGACCGUCCGGUACUUUUCCCGUCGCUCACCUUUACACUUCUACCCCUGCAAACCCACCCACCAUUCGCUCUUCUCCGUCUUCUUACUUUCACCUUUACAUUUCCCCCACUGCAAACCCACCCACCCAUCCUUCUUCUCCAUCUUCUUUUCUGGUCACGCCCACACCAAAGCCUUAGAAAACCCCAUUCUGUAUAACUACCUGAUUGACAACUUCAACUACCCCAAAUCCAAAGCCCUGACAAUUUCCACUCGCAUGCCAUGGAUCAAAACCCCUGAAAAGCCUGAAUCUGUUGUACAUUUCUUUAAAUCCAUAGGAUUCUCCGAUGCUCAUAUCCAAUCCUUAAUGCGCGAUGUGCCUCAGCUCCUUUCUGCCGAUAUUGAGAAGACGCUGAAACCCAAAAUCAAGCUGUUCCAGGACCUCGGCAUAUUGGGGCCCGAUAUGGGUAAUUUCAUGUGCAAGAAAGCCCAUUUGUUAACCCGUAGUUUGGACAACGUAAUUAGGCCGUGCAUUGAUGUUCUUAAGGAUAUACUUAGAAACGAUAUAGACAAUCGUCAUCUGUUUUUGGUUAUGCAAAGGUGUCUUUGGAUCGUCAUGAGAAGCCCCGAGGUGAGGUUACUUCCCAAUGUUGAAUAUUUGAGAAGUUGUGGGAUUGUUGGGACUCAACUUGCAACUCUUUUGAGGAGGCAGCCUAGACUCUUUAUCAUCCCUUUGCCCAAGCUUAAAGACCUGGUUUCCAAGGUUUUGGAUCUGGGGUUUUUGACUGAUUCAAGAAUGUUGGCUCACGGGCUUCAUUCUUUUAGUAGUGUUAGUGGUGGGACUUUUAGAAAGAAAUUGGGAAUUUUUAGGAGUUAUGGCUUCUCGGAGAAGGAGUGUCUGGGAAUGAUUAGGAGGUCCCCAACACUGCUCAGGACUUCAGAGGAGAAGUUGAAGCUUGGGAUUGAGUUUUUCUUGAACACAAUCGAAGCAGAGAAAUCUGUGUUGUUAUGUCGGCCUUCGCUGUUGAUGUUCAGCAUGGAGGAGCGGGUGCUUCCGAGAUACCAAGUUUUGAAUCUUAUUAACUCCAAAAUGCUUUUGAAGAAGGAAUUGAGUUUUGUCCAGGCCUUGUUUUUAUCAGAGGCUGACUUUGUGGAAAAAUAUAUUGCAAGGUUCCCCGAGGUAGCAGAGGAAUUGUUGAUGGCUUACAAGGGCCAUCUUCUAGUUUCAAAUGGGCUGGAAUUCCCGGUGUGAUGUACAUCCUCCAGUACUCAUUUGAUGCAUUUAAUUGGCUUGGCUUCACUUUAUGGGGAAGAAACAGUCAAGAUUUUAGGGAUAUAUGACUUUGUAGAGCAUUACACCUGGUAACUAUCAUCUUCUUAAGUAGUAGAGCUCGAUUUAUCCGGGCUUUCAGAUAUGUGUGAUUCAUACUGAGAAGUCAGUUUUUAGAUGAGUGCCAUAAUGCUGUUUCUAACAUAAUCAAGGGAUCUAUUACUGUGCCUCCAGAACUCGACUCGAAGACAGUUCAGCCCUCUUCAAGAAAAUGAUAGAUGAGUAAUGAGAAUGACAUCACAGGGAGGCUGAAGUGCAUUAUCCAAGCAAAUUCAAGUCUUCGACAAGAAAUUUCCGAUACAACUCUUCCAGCUAGAAGUCUGGUAUGAUAUUAUUUUGAUGAGCUCCUCUCAUAUUCUCACAGUAGGUGUACUAAAACAAGAGAAUCUUUGCUACAUUUUAGUAGAUGAAUCUCUCAACUAUCUAUUCAAGCAUAUUGUGAGACCAUGGAUAUCUUGUAUCAUUUUAUAUUUAAUAUGGAUUGAGUUAAGCUAAAAUCUAAUGGACUGCAAUCACUGCAUUCUUUGUGCAAA